ACUUCCUGAAAUGCGCGUUGCCAGUCAGCUGACAGAUGUGCGCCGCUCUGGUUUGCGCGCUGUUUCCAGGUUUGCAGAUCACCUGAGGGGGCGAAGAUAAAGUGUUUACGCGGUGCAUUUGCUCUUUCGCUAGCACAAUGAGUGCCGGCACCCCGAAAUCCCUGCCGUCCUCGGGACAGAAGUCUAUCCAGGACAUCUGCCACCCGCUAUCUGCCGAAGAGUCCGUCCUCACCCCGAGCCCAGAUGCAGCAAACACCAGCAGCAGCAUCGGCCACAAGGACUUGAGUCUCCCCAAUGGCAACGCAGUGGACACGUCCAGCCCAGCCUCUUCCUCCUCCCUGCUAAAUCGCCUGCAAUUGGACGAUGACCUGGAUGGGGAGACACGGGAUCUCUUUGUGACUGUGGACGACCCGAAGAAACACGUGUCCGCCAUGGAGACGUACAUCACAUACAGAGUGUCUACUAAGACAACCAGAACGGAGUUUGACCUCCCUGAAUAUUCAGUGCGGCGGCGCUACCAGGACUUCGACUGGCUGAGGAUCAAACUAGAGGACAGUCAACCAACCCACCUUAUUCCACCUCUACCUGAGAAAUUUGUCAUGAAAGGAGUAGUGGAUCGUUUUUCGGAGGAAUUUGUCGAGACGAGAAGAAAAGCCCUGGAUAAAUUCCUAAAACGGGUCGCCGAUCACCCUGUCCUUUCCUUUAACGAACACUUCAAUGUUUUCCUGUCUGCCAAGGAUUUGAAUAAAAGGCAAGGCCUGGCUCUGCUGUCGAAGAUGGGGGAGUCUGUGAAGUAUGUGACCGGUGGCUACAAGCUGAGAGCACGGCCAGUGGAGUUUGCCUUAAUGGGUGACUAUCUGGAUAUGUUUACGCAGAAGCUGGGCACCAUCGACAGGAUAGCACAAAGAAUCAUCAAAGAGCAGUCAGAGUACCUAGUGGAACUGAGAGAGUACGGGCCACUUUACUCCUCAUGGGCCUCCUCCGAGCAGGAGCUCCAGGAGCCGCUGGACGGCGUGGCAGGCUGCGUGGCUAAUUGUUGCAGCGCUUUGGAAGAACUCACAGAGGACAUGAGUGAAGACUUCCUGCCUGUCCUGCGGGAAUACGUUCUCUACACCGAGUCCAUGAAGAAUGUUUUGAAAAAGAGGGACCAAGUCCAGGCCGAGUACGAGUCUAAACUGGAGGCGGUAGCGUUUCGUGAGGAAAAGAGGACAACAGUGCCUACAGAUGUAGAGAAGUGCCAGGAUCGGGUGGAAUGCUUCAAUGCCGACCUAAAGGCUGACUGGGAGCGCUGGCAGAACAACAAGCGGCAAGAUUUCAGACAGCUGUUGACCGGCGUGGCAGACAAAAACAUCCAGUACUAUGAAAAGUGCCUUGCAGCAUGGGAGUCUCUCAUUCCAAUCUUACAGGACAAACAGGAAGCCAAAUCAGAGACGAACUGAGCGUGUAUAUGCAUCACCUGCUCUUGGAGUCAUGACCCGCUAAGAUCAGGGUGAGCUCGUUGUGGAGUUUCCUCAUGUGUUUUGGCCAUCGGGGACCCAAAUGUCCCAGGGAGCAAGAGGUUGUGCUACACAAAGACCAUAUGAUAUUUUGUUGCAUUCGGAUUUGUAAAAUGUGCAUUUUUUUUUUAUUUUUUUUUUUUUAUUUAUGAAAUCCCCACCAAGCCACCUCCUCUUUUCCGCCGGCCUGGAAGAACAUGUAAUUUAGAGUUCAACUGAAGCACAGCGAGACGGACCACAGAAUAACCUGGAAUUAUCCUCUGAUCUGUUGUGGACAGAAAAAAAGACGUACAGUUGCCUUUUGCCAACAGUUUUCUUUUUCUAUACAUUGCGCUUGCUCUCAGCAUGGUUCCCCUUUUAUUGCUGCCUCACUGUCGUCGUCGUCCCGUGCAUUAUGAACAUCAAGAGACCGGCCAAGGAUCGUCUACAUUCCUCUCACCAAAGUUCGAUGUGACUUGGUUUGUUUGUUUAUUUGUUUUGUUUCAGGAACACUACGGAUCCGAUGCUGUGAAAUGACAUGGGAUCAUAUCCACUUUAUUAAAUUUCGUGAUUUAUGUUUUGGUUGCUUGUCUCUGAAUGAAGAUUGUCUCCUCAGCCCUACAUGACCUCAUGAAAUAUUUAUGUUCCAGUGCUUUUCAAAAUCAAAUAAGAGCUUUUAAACAAAAGCUGCUAACGAUAUGAAAUGCAUUCAACAACCACUCGGGGAGUCAUUUCUUUCUCACAGCGAUGUAAUUUCUCAGCAGGACAUAAAAUAUAAGGUCUUUGGAUUUUUUGUUUAGUCAGUAUUAAUAUAAACAAGCACUAAUUGGGAAUUAAAAAAUAUUGUAUUGAUAUACAUUUUUUAGCAGGGGUUUAAGGUUUGGGACAUCUUGGCGUGUUUAUGCUGUUGUGUUUGAAAAUAUCACAACACACAAGUCAUGCGAUGAAAUUCUGAAUUAUAUAUACUGAAUUCUAUAACUCUAUCAUGUCAUUCCAUCGAAGUACACAGACGCUUUAAUGCAGUUGGACAAAGACUUCCCAAAAGCUGUUGAAUAUUAAAUUAAGCCUUUAUAGAUUUAUGCCGGGUCAUAAGAGGACCUUAUGUCAGCUGGACAUCAUAAUGGACAAAGCCAGUCCUUUAUGAUGGCUGUUGAAUAUCUGAUCUUUAUAAAUGUUCAUAUUGCUUUGUGAAAUCAUAACACUAACUAAUGUCAAUUUUUUUUUAAAAAGCUGCUGCAUGUUGAAUUACGCCUUUAUACAUAUGGACAUAGGUUUUACGUCAAGUCCUGACACAAAAUGUCAAUAUUGCAUUAUGUCAGCUAACAUGACGGCUUUAGAUGGAGCAUGCUUGAAAAAUUAUAUCUGCUCCCCCAUUUCGGAACGGAAUGUUCUCUCUCUCUUUGUCUCAGUCUAUGGAAACACUUACCCUCACCAAGUACACACAGAGUCAUUGGUUAAAGUUUGAAUUAUGCUCCUGCUGGAAUGUUUAUACACACUACAUUUGACGGUUAGAAACGUUGAUAUAACAACAGUCUCAAGAUGAUAUAUUAAGGGUGCCAGUGCUCAGUAUGAGCAUUCCUGCCGACCCUGCUACACACCGCUGAGCCUCUGAAAAGCUGUCUCUAUACUGUAUGUGCGUUUUUCACAGCUUAAGCUACAUCCUGUGCCAGUCAUGUCUCGGUACUCCACUGGGUCUGCGUUCGUCUCUUUCUUUUAACUGUUAUGCAGCAGUUAACAGGCCAGCUGUUGUCCAGAACUAAUAGGGCUUUACUGUUGUCAUUAUUCUAUUGUGUGCAUUUUAAGGGAAAGCAAAUCAUGUUUGUUCAGAACUGCAGUUGGGAUUAUAACAUGCAAUGGUGAAAUAAGUUACACUGCUGUGAUGAGGAAAAAAUGUGAUGUAUUUGUCUUAAGAAAUUGCACUCAUUUCAUUAGAAAGUGCUUUAAAGACCUUAUAUCCCCUGUUUUUUUUUGUGUUUUUUUCCUCUGAGUGCCUGUUGGGGGUUCUCAAGGACUUGACAUGUCAACCUUUUACUUUUUAUUAUUUUGAACUUGCAGUGUCACAGAUAGGGUGUAGGUUAUUGUUAAUAAUAGAGUGAGAUCAGUCUGAUGAUAGUUAGUGCUGUAUAAUAGAUUUAAACAAGUCACUCUGGCGCCAUCUGCUGAACAGUAAUCCUGAAUUUCAGCUCUUAAAGGAAAACUCCACCUGGAAACACAUUUGAAUAUGAUUAUACUGUAUUGUGAUGUGCGCUUAGUGAUUCUAGUGCUGAUUUGCUCAUUGAUUCUGUAAUUCGAAUUAACCUUUGGAAGCACCAACUAAAGAACUACAGUACGCUGGACUCCUGGGUAGAGAUGAAGCUCCCACUGUCACACUACCAGCAGGUAGACAAUUGGCAUUAUGGGUAAUGUAGAAAACAAAGUGAACAAGACUACAUCAGACGCUACUGUGGAUCCUAAAUUAAUUCCGACGAUCAAUAUGCAAGCUGUUCAAUGUGGAAUUUUCCUUUAAGGUCAUAAUGUAGAACGGUUUGAUCAGUGUAUUUGAAAUCAGUAGUUUGUAAAAAAAAAAAAAACAACACACAACACCCGAGACACAGUGUGUGUGUCACAUUCUGGUAUGGUUUAAAGUUCCACUUCUAAUAACCAAAUCGUUUUGCUUUCUUUUCGUCUCUUUAAAGGUUCUGUGAAACAUUUGUGUGAUAAUUAAGGCAGCUACACUACACGAGUUGUUUGUGACUUUGUAACAAGUGAGUUUAGAGGAAGUGAUUAAUACACUCAGCCUAUGUAAAUCGACCAACUGAAUUUAUCCUUUAUUAUUAUGAUAGACACGGAGGCAAGUUCAUCAGGUUUCAUGAGCAACAGUGUAAGCUUUUUUUUGGUAAUUAUGUAAAUUGUUUUCUUGCUUGAAGGCUGUGCGUUUAGUUGUAAAUAGCGUUUUUUCAGUUUGAAUUGACUUUUAAUGUUGAAAUUAAACUGCUUUGUAAAACUCAUCUUCUGUUGAAGAGAGUCAAAGUCUGUACGAGGCUGAGGGAAGACGUAAAAUAUGGAGGUGAAGAUUUUUUUUUUUUGCUAAUAAUUUAUAGACCAAAAAAGGUUUUUAGCGCUCAGUUCAACCCCUAAUUUUCCUUUGUGUGAAUUGUUUACUGUAAAAUUAAAUAAAUGUAAAUGUCAGUGUUUCAAUUACAGGAAAAUGACAUUGAUGUUUUGAAGCUAUAUCUUUAAUGAACAUAUUUUAAAUAUUGAACCAAUUAAAAAGGAUUGUGCUAA